AUUUAAAAUAAAUCUAAACCUAAGAAAUUUACAGAGCAAAGCAGUUAACACCUAACAACUGCUCCCUGGAUGGUAAAAAUUCAUAUUCAUUAUUCCCCAUGUUGCUCCACCUUCGCCCUCUGGAGGAGCCAGGUGGGGCCACAGAGCAGGCUCCUCCAUCUUCUCCUGCCAACUCUGUCAGUCCACCAGACCCCACAAUGCAGCCUCCACACCACUGCAGUAACCCCCCAUUUACCCUUUCACACACAACAACCCUCCGUUUCCCCUGUCACACACAACAACCCUCAGUUUCCCCUGUCACACACAACAACCCUCCGUUUCCCCUGUUACACACAACAAUUCUCCAUUUCCCCUGUCACACACAACAACCCUCCAUUCCCCCUCUCACACACAACAACCCUCCAUUUCCCCUGUCACACACAACAACCCUCCGUUUCCCCUGUCACACACAACAACCCUCCGUUUCCCCUGUCACACAGAAUAACCCUCCAUUUACCCUCUCACACAACAACCCCCCAUUUACCCUUUCACACACAACAACCCUCCGUUUCCCCUGUCACACACAACAACCCUCCAUUUCCCCUGUCACACACAACAACCCUCCGUUUCCCCUGUCACACACAACAACCCUCCAUUUCACCUGUUACACAAAACAACCCUCCAUUUCCCCUGUCACACACAACAACCCUCCAUUUCCCCUGUCACACACAACAACCCUCCAUUUCCCCUGUCACACACAACAACCCUCCGUUUCCCCUGUCACACACAACAACCCUCCGUUUCCCCUGUCACACACAAUAACCCUCUAUUUACCCUCUCACACAACAACCCCCCAUUUACCCUUUCACACACAACAACCCUCCGUUUCCCCUGUCACACACAACAACCCUCAGUUUCCCCUGUCACACACAACAACCCUCCGUUUCCCCUGUUACACACAACAAUUCUCCAUUUCCCCUGUCACACACAACAACCCUCCAUUCCCCCUCUCACACGCAACAACCCUCCAUUUCCCGUUUCACACACAACAACCCUCCAUUUCUCCUUUCACACACAACAACCCUCCAUUUCACCUGUUACACAAAACAACCCUCCAUUUCCCCUGUCACACACAACAACCCUCCAUUUCCCCUGUCACACACAACAACCCUCCGUUUCCCCUGUCACACACAACAACCCUCCGUUUCCCCUGUCACACACAACAACCCUCCGUUUCCCCUGUCACACACAACAACCCUCCGUUUCCCCUGUUACACACAACAACCCUCCAUUUACCCUGUUAAACACAAUAACCCUCCAUUUACCCUCUCACACAACAACCCCCCAUUUACCCUUUCACACACAACAACCCUCCGUUUCCCCUGUCACACACAACAACCCUCCGUUUCCCCUGUCACACACAACAACCCUCCGUUUCCCCUGUCACACACAACAACCCUCCGUUUCCCCUGUUACACACAACCCUCCAUUUACCCUGUUAAACACAAUAACCCUCCAUUUACCCUCUCACACAACAACCCCCCAUUUACCCUUUCACACACAACAACCCUCCAUUUCCCCUCACACACAACAAUCCUCCGUUUCACCUCACACACAACAAUCCUCCGUUUCACCUCACACACAACAACCCUCCGUUUCCCCUCUCACACACAACAAUCCACCACUUUCCCUGUCACACACAACAACCCUCCAUUUCCCCUGUCACACGCAACCCUCCAUUUCCCCUGUCACACACAACAAUCCACCACUUUCCCUGUCACACACAACAACCCUCCAUUUCCCCUGUCACACGCAACCCUCCAUUUCCCCUGUUACACACAACCCUCCAUUUCUUAUGUCACACACAACAACCCUCCAUUUCCCCUGUCACACACAACAACCCUCCAUUUCCCCUGUUGCACAAAACAACCCUCCAUUUCCCCUGUCACAAGGGGAGAUAUGGCUGAUUUGAAAUUAAAUCAUUAACCCCGUUAGGUCAACCCUGUCACUUUAAUUGUCACCACUGUAGAUUUAUUUUUAUUUUUAUUGUGCCAUUUAUGAUAGAAUGUUAAAAUACACUACCCCAAAGACACUUUUAUAUUUCACAGUGCUGUGGAAAUCAGAAAUGAAAACAAAUAUUUUUAUUUGAUUCAUUCAUUGAAUUCAUUUAAACAUUCAUAUACAAAUACAAUAUUUUAAAAAUCAUUUUCAUUAUCCCCCAUGCAGCCGGAAAUGUAUUUACCUGAGAGUCAGCAGGAAAUCCAUCUAAAUCUUUCAGGUCAAAAUGAACACCACCCGUAAUGUUUCCACCGCAGUGAUGAGCGUGGGAUAUGGGCCGAAAAUGUAAUUAGGAGUACAGUGACAUCUUCCAUUCCUGGGAUGAGUUUUCGGCCCAUAUCUCAUGCUCAUCACUGCGGUGGAAACAUUAUGGGUGGUGUUCAUUUUGACCUGAAAGAUUUAGAUGUUUUAACUGCUGAAUCUCAGGUCAAAACCACUCUGGCUAUCUCCCAUGUUGCUCCACCUCUGCUUCCUCUCCUUGUGCUAUGACUUUGUUGUGGUGGAGAGGUUUUCGUGCCUCCUAGACCCUGAGAGCUUAGGCUCCUGGCAGGUUUUACCAUAUUUGUUUCAGGUGAGGGGCCUGACAAACAGCACACAGCACAAUGGCAAAAGAAACAAUGGUCAACACCUUAUUGAACACAUUUUACAUUAAUAGGGCUGUUGCAGUGACCAUAUUACAGCCUAGUGGUUAGAGUGUUGGGAUUGAAUCCCCGAGCUGACAAGGUAAAAAUCUGUCAUUUUGCCCCUGAGCAAGGCAGUUAACCUACUGUUCCCCGGGGUUGGUUUAAAAACAGUCGACACAUUCUGCCAAAUGCAUUCAGUUGUACAACUGACUAGGUAUCCCCCUUUCCCAGUCAUGAGUCAUGAUUGCAGUACAAUUCCACAUGACCAUUGAGUCAUGGUAAUCUCCUCUUAUGCACUCAGGACCUGCGUUGGUACUGUAGUAUCCAACCCGCUUAUGGCCUGGUACUCAGGGCUCUAAUGUCCUUCUAACAACUCUGACAUCAAUACAUUCGAAAACCACAUCACACAUAUCAUCAAAACAGUAUUGUGCUUUUACAACUCACCUCAAUUGUGAUUGAUCAAUUUGAAGAAUUAGUUCAACAACAGGUUGAAACUGAGUGGAAAACAUGGUCUUUGUGUAUGUUAUUUCAAAGCCUAACAACGAAAUGGACAGCACUUUGUACGGUGAUGGUUCAUUCAAACACCCACACACAUAAUGCAAAUUAUACAUACACAUAGGCCUAUACAGUAUAUGAGCCCAAGCUUGAAAAAAAAACUAUUCAAAUAAUGAUUGUGUCAUUCCUUAUACAAUACAUAGCCUACCACAUAUUAAGCACUGCAGAAAAACAUUUGAAAAAAUAAUUUCAGAUGUCUUUAAUUGGUCUAGCCUAUAAUACAAAAUGUAACAAAUUCUUGUAAUCACCUGGAUGGGCUGGUUACUGUCACACAUACACAGGGAGUCAAGAAGGAGGUGCAGAAGGAGAGUUUAAUAACAACAAUGAAAAGGCAAAUGAACAAAACAGGAGAUGCAUAAUGAACAUGAAAGCAAACCAAUACUGCCUGAUGACUGAGGCUACUGAGGGCUAAAUGAAGGGAAAGUAAUCAAGUUGAUGACAAAGUCCAGGUGUGCGUAAUAAUGGGGAGCAGGUGUGCUUAAUGAUGGCUGCCAGGACCGGUGGUUAGUAGACUGGAGACAUCGAGCACUGGAGAGGGGGAGCUGUGUAGUUACCUUAUGCUACACUCCAGUGACGCCACUUUGGUUUUGGGUCCUCCCCCAGAAUUUCCUUGGGCAUCUAAUGCUAAUUUCCUGCAUUUUUACACAAUCCACUAUUGGGUCUCUACUUAACACAAGAAGUAAGCAAAAAUGCGCACAGUCAAGCUAGGUAAGAGAUCAUUAUUAAAUAUGUUUAAGUGAUUAAUAAGACUGACUUAAAUCAAAGGUAAUUCAACAAUAAAUAUUGUGUUGCACCAAUGGCCUAACAAAUGAACAACUUGAAAAAAUACAAAGACUUUUGAUUGUCUAUAUCAAAUUUCAGCCAGACCAACCAGCUAGCCCGAGCCACCUGCAUGCCUGAUCCCCACCGGUCUAGUCAAUACCUCAACUUUCUCAAAAACACAAUUUCCUUCCCAGUUCACAGCUUCAUUUGUUUCAGUCCCAAAGGGAAAAUUUUCCUUCCUCACACUCAAUUCUAUCAUAAUCAUAAAUCAAACCGUCAUCAUUAAUUUGUGCACAUACGUGUGUAUAUGUCACGUUGUCAAGUCAGUCAAAGUAAUAUAAGGAAAUGCAUAGAAAAGAAUGACCAUAACCUUAAUAGGGUUACUGUCAUGUAACAUGUUGUGACACAAAAUACUAAAAGAAAAAAACACAUACACCUCAAAUAUACAUUAACACACAGAAACAGCAAAUCCUCCAUAUAAUGAAUAUCAUAUCAUUAAUAUCAUAUCAUUAAUAUCAUAUCAGUACUGCAGAUCUCUUUUUACUUGCAGACAAUAUACUUGGGUCACCCCGUCCUGUCCCUAGGGGUCCACCACCCUGCAGCGCCACAACCCAACACACCUGACUCAGUUUUAGGAUCUUAGUGAAACAUAUAUUAUUGGUUUUGGGUGUGUUAGGCCAAGGCCAGAGUUACAACCUACAGGACGGCAGACCCUCCGGUCCAGGACUGAGAUGUUCAACAGCUAUUGAUUGCCUAAAUAGGUAUCUCCCCUGACGUGGGCAUGUUUUCAAUACAGACUCCUUAAGUCGUACUGAAUUCCAUAUAAGGCAUCUAGACCUCAUGAUAGUUGCCUUAAUCUGGUAAUAAAUCAAUCUACCAGGUCUUCCUCACAUUUUUGUGUCAUCAGUGUUAUGUUCCCCAGUUUUUGUGUUGUAGUUUGUGUAUUUGUGUGUGUGUUUCAGGAGAUGGCUUCUGAAUUCUCCCCAAGCAGCUGUUUGGUCAGCCCCAUUGACGUUGGGAGCUGACCCCCCCAAGUUACAGCUGUAUCCCAUUAGACUCCUCAAGCUACAUAAAAGCCAGUGUUCUGUUGUUGAGGAGAGAGAGGAUUGGGAGAGGGAUGCUGAUGGCUGUGGGUUAUUAUGCUGUGUUGGUUGUUCUCAGAGGGAGAUGAUUAGUGUGUCCUGCAUUGGUUGAGUGAGAGAGCUGAUUGGUUAUGUCUUUUGUGUGUCAAUAGGACACAGUGUUUUGAUUAUUAAAAUUGUUUGGAAUAUUCUGUUUCAUUUGUUCCCAGGGGGAAGGGGAAGGCACCUAGGGAGUGCUUAGGCAAGAGGCCUGCGGGCAUACAUAUACCCAUAGUAUAUUCACUGUCUAGGCACACAAGGUAAGACCUGGGCGGAC